AUGGCAGCCAAAAGCCUGUUCACAGUCUCUAUCCCGCCGCUCAAGGACCAUGUCGGCGGCGAGAUUGUCUGUACCGAGCCCGCGCCAGAGGUCUACCUCUUGACAUUUUCCUCGGCCCCGGAUAACCGCCUGACGCCAGCCUUUUGCGCGGCCAUGAUCAAGGCGCUCGACCUGAUUGAGCUGCGCAAGCCCGCGACCACGGGCGUGGUCAUCACCACGUCGGCCAUUCAAAAGUUUUACUCCAACGGCCUGGACCUGGACCUGGCCAUUCGCACGCCGGGCUUCACCGAGGACGCCCUCUACCCGCUCUUUCACCGCUUCCUGACGUUCCCUAUGCCCACCGUUGCCCUGGUCAAUGGCCACGCCUUUGCCGGCGGCUUCAUGCUGGCCAUGCACCACGACUACCGCGUCUUUGCCGGCGACCGGGGCUACAUGUGCAUCAACGAGCUCGAGUUUGGCGCCCCGCUGCUGCCGCCCAUGAGUGGCAUCUUUCGGACCAAGCUGCGGGCCGACGUCUACCGGACCACGGUCCUCGAGGCCCGCCGCUGGGACGCCCAGGCCGCGCUGGCCGCCGGCAUCAUUGACCGCGCCGACGGCCUCGAGGGCGCCCUGGCCCUGGUGCGCGACGGCAAGCUGACGACAAAGGGCAAGACGGGCGUCUAUGGCCUGCUCAAGGAGGAAAUGUACCGCGAGCAGGUGGCGCUGCUCACGGCGACGGGCAAGGACGUGGUCAAGUUUAGCGAUGCCAUGGAUAGGGAGAAGAAGCGGAAAGCUGGGCUCAAGAAGAGGGGGGCCGAGUCCAAGUUGUAA